CUCGUAUGGCAAUGACAGUUCGUGAGGUUGACGUAACAACUUCUCUGGUGGACUACGUUUUGGCCUGUCAAGAAGACAUUGACAAGCCAGAAGUUUUGAGAGAGCGACUGAAACAGAAAGACGCCGAGUUAGCGUCGAAAGUGUUAGCUCGUUCCCCUGGCAUUGAAGGCAUAGGAGCCGCGACUUGCGAAGAACAACACAGGCUGGAAGCUCGAGUGGGACUUGUUCAAUUCUUAAAAUCACAGGCAACUACAAUGGAUGACGAGAAUAAGUCUGUGGGUACAACGCUGUGCGAUGAGUGGCUGAAGCCUCUAACUACGCAGUCCACUAGAGGUCUGUCUCUUGUGUACGAACAUAUUUCUGCAUCGACUGAAAAUGUAUUAAAGAGAGGACAACCGGUGGUCAAUAGAGUGUGGAGUUUGCUGUCUGGUUUGAGAUGGGCAGUGAUUAGAAUGAAAGAAAUGGUAGCUGAUCAAGUCAUCACUGAAGCUAGUUUCGGAAACAAUGAGAAUACACUUCGGAGCUUUAUAGAGGACGAUCUUGGUAAGGGUAACGGCGGAGGCACAUGGAGUCAAGAAGGGGGAGACUCUUCGUGGAAACUGAGACAUAAUUAAUGCCUUACAAGACUCUCUUUUCAAGAUUCAGUAGAAAGCUGUUGACUCUACCAUCUCAACUCACUACUGUAGCGACUAUACUAGAAGAUUUGUCUAUUCUGAGGGGCAGUUUGCAAUCUCGCUUGUCUUUUUAACUGUUUUAUGCGCUAGUUUCAAUUUAUGGCUUAUGAACAACAAACAUGAAAUGACUACAAAUAUUUGAUGUCAGAGGUCUAAA